CAGCAGCGACGUCCUGGCGAAAGAACGCUCCUCCUAUGCGUAAUGACGUAAAAUAAAGAUGGUGGCCUCUUCGGUGUGGUCUGAAGUCGUUUUGAAUUAGCUAAAGCUAAGGAUUGUACAAAUACAUAUUUGUCGAAUUAACGGUGGCUUCGUUGCCUUCUUAAAACAGGGCUUCUGAGCAUCUAGUGGCUUGUCAGUCACCCUCCCUCCCACUCCCACCCUGCCUAGAGCUUUCAGCCUUCACCAGAUGAAGGAGAACAAGGAGAACUCGACCCCCCACAGUCUUUCCACAGCCCUGGACCACAUCAAGCCCUGCUGGUACUGGGACAAGAAGGAUCUGGCACACACGCCAUCCCAGUCGGAAGGUCUAGACCCUGCCACAGAGGCGCGGUACAGGCGGGAGGGGGCCAGGUUCAUAUUCGAUGUGGGCACACGCCUGGGACUGCACUAUGACACCCUGGCAACAGGAAUCAUCUACUUCCAUCGUUUCUAUAUGUUCCAUUCUUUUAAGCAGUUCCCCAGAUAUGUGACGGGGGCAUGCUGCCUGUUCCUGGCGGGGAAGGUGGAGGAGACCCCGAAGAAGUGUAAGGACAUCAUCAAGACUGCACGCAGCCUGCUGAACGAUGUCCAGUUCGCCCAGUUUGGAGACGACCCGAAGGAGGAAGUGAUGGUGUUGGAGAGGAUCUUAUUGCAGACAAUUAAGUUUGACCUUCAAGUCGAGCAUCCGUACCAGUUCCUGCUGCGCUAUGCCAAACAGUUGAAAGGUGACAAAAAUAAAGUGCAGAAGCUGGUUCAGAUGGCUUGGACCUUCGUGAAUGACAGCCUGUGCACCAUGCUGUCCCUGCAGUGGGAGCCCGAGAUCAUCGCCGUGGCCGUCAUGUACCUGGCGGGCCGCCUCUGCAAGUUUGACAUUCAGGAGUGGACGUCCAAGCAGUCGUCCCGCCGCUGGUGGGAGCAGUUUGUCCAGGACGUCCCGGUAGAGCUGCUGGAAGACAUCUGCCACCAGAUCCUGGACCUGUACUCUCAGGGCAAGCAGCCCAUCCCCCAGCAGCCCCCACUACAGGAGAAGGAGAAGGCCCCGCCCACGGCCCUGCCACCUCAACAGCCUCCGAACACCCCGGCCCCGCCCCCACCGAGGAAGACCUCCCCCCAGGCCAGCUCUCCCCGGCAGCUCAAACGGCCACACGUCACGUCCCCAAAAGAAGAACCGAAGGCUCCAGAGCAAGUAGGCUCCAAAAUCCCCCGCUUGGAGACGCCCAUGCCCCCCCUCCCCACUGUACAACCUCCAGCUGACCGCAAGCCGCCGCCCACCACGUCUGCCCCGCCCGCGGAGGCGGAGCCAGCGCCCGCCGCAUCGGGAGACUCGGCGGAGGCCGCCAUGGGACCAGCGCCGCCCCCUCCCCACGCGGCCCCCGUUCACCAGCCCCCGCCCCUCCCGCACCGCCCUCCGCCCCCGCCCCCCUCCAGCUACGUCCACCUGGGCGGCAUGUCCACGUCCAGCUCCUACAUGUCGGGCGAGGGCUUCCAGAGCCUGCAGUCCAUGAUGAAGACGGACGGCUCCUCCUACAGCUCCAUGCCCCCGUCCUACAGCUCCCUGCCCCCCAUGCAGUACCACCCGCACGUCUACCCGCCCAGUGCCCCGCCGCCCGGCCCGCCCCCCCCCCUUCACCUACCCCCGCCCAACCUCCCGCCCCCCUCGCCCGCCUACCCGCCCCCGGGCUACAACCACAGCUUCCCCCCGCCUCGCAUGGCCCCUGGCAUGGCCCUCCCCCAGCCCAGCUACCCGCCCCCGCCUGGACCGCCCGUAGGGCAGGCUCAGGUCCCCCUGCCGCCCCCCGGCAUGCCCCCGGUGAGCAGCAUGAACCGAGGGGGCUGGAUGAGGUGAAAGAGGGGGGCGGAGCUUGGCUAGACCUGUUGCCUUCCGGAGACGGACUGGCACAUAUCACCGUAACUACCCCGUCCUCUGGUUACUCGCAGGGUAAGCUCGGCCGUCUCCUCCCAUCACAGCUGCUCUCUCCUGAAGCUCAUUCGC